AUGGUGGAUGAUGACGAUCUACUGAUGAAUGGAGGCUGUUUCCAUGGUUAUGGGCUUCAACUGAUGAGACCAAAAUUGAGGUUGAAAAGCAGUCUUUAUGCUAUUGACAUGUACAUCAGACACGCUCCAUGCUUGUCACAGAGCAAGUAUCUUCUGCCCGAGGUGAGGCAUUCUGAGAUGCAUAAGUUAUGUAUUGUUAUUGAUCUAGAUGAGACGCUUGUACAUAGCUCUUUUAAGCCUGUAAGUAAUGCAGAUUUUGUUGUCCCGGUAGAAAUUGAUGGAACAGUACAUCAGGUUUAUGUUCUGAAAAGGCCAUUUGUGGAUGAGUUUUUACAGAAAAUGGGUGAAUUAUUUGAGUGUGUUCUAUUUACAGCUAGUCUUUCAAAGUAUGCAGACCCUGUUGCCGACCUGCUUGAUAAGUGGGGUGUUUUCAGGGCUAGGUUAUUCAGGGACUCGUGUGUAUUUCACAGAGGUAAUUAUGUUAAGGACCUUGGUCGACUUGGACGGGAUUUAAAAAAAAUUGUCAUUGUAGAUAAUUCUCCAGCUUCUUACAUCUUCCACCCAGACAAUGCAGUGCCUGUAGCUUCAUGGUUCGAUGACAUGUCUGAUACGGAACUGCUAGAUCUUAUACCAUUUUUAGAAAGUUUAGCGAAAGUUGACGACGUGCAUACAGUACUUCACAACCAGCAGAACAUGAAUGGCCCGUUAUGUAUAUCAUCCAAUAAUACAACACAACUUAAUUCUGUAAACUCAUAGCCUACCACUUCCUGUCUGUAUUAUCACUGUAGCUAACUGUACUCCGAAAUAGUAUGAAAAUGUACAUGUACAUGUACAUGUACUGCUUUUGGGACUCGUGCUUUCCAACCAUCAAGAUCCUUCAGAAAAUUUGAACUUUGACCUCAUAAUGCGAACUAUCAGGUUCAAAUUAC